AUGAGUAUCCGUCCGAGUGUCUACCUCCAUUCCAUUGCCCCAAAUUUCCAAUGUCCCUCUUCACAAGGUUUCAUCGACUUCUACCAGUACUCAUCACGCUCAUGGAUACUGUUCUUUUCACAUCCAAGUGACUUCACACCAAUCUGUACGACAGAGAUCGGUGCACUAGCUGCCUUACAAGAUGAAUUUAAUGCACGUAACUGUAAAUUACUCGGUCUUUCCACCAACGAUGCUGAGACUCAUCGCCAAUGGCUGCUAGACAUUCAGAGGAUAACGGGUAGUCAAGUGCGCUUUCCGAUUCUAUGCGAUGAAUCUCGAAAGGUGUCAACAACAUACGGCAUGAUAGAUCUCUUACAUUUCGAUAGAGCUGGCAAGCCAAUUCCUAUGAGGUCCGUCUACAUCAUCGACCCCCACAAAAGAGUGAGAUUGAUACAGGCGUAUCCACUGUCAACGGGCCGUAACACCGCGGAAUUACUAAGAUGUAUAGAUAGUCUACAAACUGUGGAUGCGCACAAUGGUAAUAUUAUGACUCCUGUCAAUUGGAUUCCGGGGGAUGACGUAGUGUUGGAUCCAGAUCUAGACACAAUUUCACAGGGCGAAAAGUUUCCACAUCAUCGUUCCAUCACCAACUAUAUGUAUUUGAGCCCGCUUUGA